AUGUCCCGUAAAGUACCUAGCUCAAAUCGAGCGCAGAAAAUCAUUAAUUAUACUAUUGGUGACAACGCGGGCAUACACUUGACCGGUGGUGGCUAUAUCAACGAUGAUCCGGCUAAUACGGGCGGGCAGUAUACGUCAGGGGUUUCAAAUAGCGCCAAUUUGUCGCACAUGACCAUGAGCAACAUGAGCAAUAUGAAUUUUAUUCAAGGAUCGUCAAUUCAAUUGGGAGGUGGUGGUGGUCGUAGUGGUAGUGGUAGUGGUGGUGGCGGUACUGGUGGAGUUACUGGUAAUGGUGGUGGCAGUAGGGGGGCCCGGCAACAGAUGGCCAUGCUUAGCACCCCGGUUAAUAUACAGGGUCCAACAGAUAUUAAUUACCAGGCUAAUAUUAAUAAGCCGAAAAAUGGUACAAUUCGAGCCGCCAAGCGUAUCGAGAUACAUGGGACUAGCGAUCGAAAUAAUGCACUGGAUGAAUUUACCAAGCUCACACAGCUCGACCCGGAUUAUGUAGUUAAAUGUCACGACUGGUGGAUUGAGAAUGAUCACUUUUAUAUAUUUAUGGACUAUCACCGGGACACGUUGCGAGAUAUUAUCGAGCUAAAACCCGGUGUAUAUGACCGUGACCAGGGUCAACCAAUGGACGUAACUGAAUUUUAUAUGUCGUGCCAAAUAUUCCGCCAAUUGCUCGAUGGGGUCAACUAUUUGCACGGUUUGCGUCCGAAAAUGAUUCACCGCGAUCUAAAACCCGAUAAUAUACUGGUGUCCUAUGCAAAUGAUCCGGCUAGAUUUGUUAGAUUAUGCGAUUUUGGACUCGCUGUUAAUCAUGAUAAAACGUGUAAUAACCAGGGUAGUAAUUUUCACACUCACGAUGUCGGUACGGUACGGUACCAGGCGCCCGAAAUUGCCCGUGUUCGAAAAAUGGGGAAACUGACCAAGAUGAUGAUGAAAAUGUCAAUUUUUUAA